AGGGAGUGUGUGUGCGCGUGCAACUCCACUCCGGGGCUUUGUGCGAGCCCGGGCGAUAGCAUCGGCGGCGGCUGGAGGAGGAGCGGCCGGAGACGCGUGCAAGCCCGCCCGGCAGCCGGGGCAGGUGGGAAGCCCGCGCGGGAGCCGAGCUGACACGAGCCGGAGACGCCGCAGCCGAGUCCGAGCGGAGCCCGGGCGGAGCCCAGGAGCUCUCGCUCGCGGGCGGCCCGUGGGCGGCAGCCGAGGCGGGGCGGGCGCCGGCGGGGCGGCCCCCCAGUAAGAUGUGCGCAGCGCCGCGGGGCGCCCCCUACUCGCAGAGGCGCUCGGGAGCCGGGCGGCUGGGCCAGGCGGCGCCUCGGGGGCUGCUGCGCGCCCGCGCCUAGAGCUGCCGCCCCAGGGAGCCCGCCACGGCCGCGCCCCGGGCACGCUCGGUGGCGCCCAACGAUGACCGCUCCCUGGCGGCGCCUCCGGAGUCUGGUUUGGGAAUACUGGGCCGGGCUCCUCGUGUGCGCCUUCUGGAUCCCAGACUCGCGCGGGAUGCCCCACGUCAUCCGGAUCGGAGGAAUCUUUGAGUAUGCGGACGGCCCCAACGCCCAGGUCAUGAACGCCGAGGAACAUGCCUUUCGAUUUUCUGCCAACAUCAUCAACAGGAACAGGACUCUGCUGCCCAACACAACCUUGACUUAUGACAUUCAAAGGAUUCAUUUCCACGACAGCUUUGAGGCGACCAAGAAGGCCUGUGACCAGUUGGCCCUGGGUGUAGUAGCCAUCUUUGGACCAUCACAGGGUUCCUGCACCAAUGCCGUCCAGUCCAUCUGCAACGCCUUGGAGGUGCCCCACAUCCAACUUCGCUGGAAGCACCAUCCCCUGGACAACAAAGAUACCUUCUAUGUGAACCUCUACCCUGACUACGCCUCUCUCAGCCAUGCCAUCCUCGACUUGGUCCAGUCCCUCAAGUGGCGGUCAGCAACCGUGGUCUAUGAUGACAGCACAGGUCUCAUCCGGCUGCAGGAGCUCAUCAUGGCCCCAUCCAGGUACAACAUUCGCCUGAAGAUCCGCCAGCUCCCCAUCGACUCGGAUGACUCUCGGCCCUUGCUCAAGGAGAUGAAGCGGGGCCGGGAAUUUCGCAUCAUCUUCGAUUGCAGCCAUACCAUGGCAGCCCAGAUCCUCAAGCAGGCCAUGGCUAUGGGCAUGAUGACUGAGUAUUACCACUUCAUCUUCACCACUCUGGAUCUCUACGCACUAGACCUGGAACCUUACCGCUACUCGGGGGUGAACCUGACUGGGUUCCGCAUACUCAAUGUGGACAACCCCCAUGUCUCAGCCAUUGUGGAGAAGUGGUCCAUGGAGCGGCUCCAGGCAGCUCCCCGGGCGGAGUCUGGCCUGUUGGAUGGAGUGAUGAUGACUGACGCAGCCCUGCUCUACGAUGCUGUCCACAUCGUGUCUGUGUGCUACCAGCGGGCGCCGCAGAUGACCGUGAACUCUCUACAGUGCCAUCGGCACAAGGCCUGGCGCUUUGGCGGCCGCUUUAUGAACUUCAUCAAGGAGGCUCAAUGGGAAGGAUUAACUGGACGGAUUGUUUUCAACAAAACCAGUGGUUUGCGGACUGAUUUUGAUCUGGACAUCAUCAGCCUGAAGGAAGAUGGCCUGGAGAAGGUUGGGGUGUGGAGUCCAGCUGACGGUCUCAACAUCACUGAGGUUGCCAAAGGCCGAGGUCCUAAUGUCACCGACUCUCUGACCAACAGGUCGCUCAUUGUCACCACUGUGCUGGAGGAGCCCUUUGUCAUGUUCCGCAAGUCCGACCGGACCCUGUACGGCAAUGACCGCUUUGAGGGCUACUGCAUUGACUUGCUCAAGGAGCUGGCGCACAUCCUGGGCUUCUCCUAUGAGAUCCGGCUGGUGGAAGAUGGCAAGUACGGGGCACAGGAUGACAAGGGCCAGUGGAACGGCAUGGUCAAGGAGCUCAUUGACCACAAAGCAGAUCUGGCCGUGGCUCCCCUAACCAUCACCCAUGUCCGAGAGAAGGCCAUCGACUUCUCUAAGCCUUUUAUGACCCUCGGAGUGAGCAUCUUAUAUCGCAAGCCCAAUGGCACCAACCCCAGUGUCUUCUCCUUCCUCAACCCCCUUUCCCCAGACAUCUGGAUGUACGUGCUCCUCGCCUACCUGGGUGUCAGCUGUGUCCUCUUCGUCAUCGCCAGAUUCAGCCCUUACGAGUGGUAUGAUGCCCACCCUUGCAACCCCGGUUCCGAGGUGGUGGAGAAUAACUUCACACUGCUCAACAGCUUCUGGUUUGGAAUGGGCUCCCUCAUGCAACAAGGCUCUGAACUAAUGCCCAAAGCUCUGUCUACCCGAAUCAUCGGUGGCAUCUGGUGGUUCUUCACACUCAUUAUCAUCUCGUCCUACACGGCCAACCUGGCUGCCUUCCUGACUGUGGAGCGCAUGGAGUCACCCAUCGACUCUGCUGAUGACCUGGCCAAGCAGACCAAAAUUGAGUAUGGUGCUGUCAAGGAUGGGGCCACCAUGACCUUCUUCAAGAAAUCCAAGAUCUCUACCUUCGAGAAGAUGUGGGCCUUCAUGAGCAGCAAGCCCUCAGCACUGGUGAAGAACAACGAGGAAGGGAUCCAGCGAACGCUCACAGCCGACUAUGCUCUGCUCAUGGAGUCCACUACCAUAGAGUACAUCACACAGAGGAACUGCAACCUCACCCAGAUCGGUGGCCUCAUUGACUCCAAGGGCUAUGGCAUUGGCACACCCAUGGGCUCCCCCUACCGGGACAAAAUCACAAUUGCCAUUCUGCAGCUGCAGGAAGAGGACAAGCUUCAUAUCAUGAAGGAGAAGUGGUGGCGAGGCAGCGGGUGUCCUGAGGAAGAGAACAAGGAGGCCAGCGCCCUGGGCAUCCAGAAGAUCGGCGGCAUCUUCAUCGUCCUGGCUGCCGGCUUAGUCCUGUCCGUGUUGGUGGCAGUGGGCGAGUUUAUAUACAAACUCCGCAAGACAGCGGAGCGGGAGCAGCGCUCCUUCUGCAGCACAGUAGCCGAUGAGAUCCAUUUCUCCCUCACCUGCCAGCGCCGUCUCAAGCACAAGCCGCAGCCUCCUCUGAUGGUCAAGACUGACGCGGUCAUCAACAUGCACACAUUUAACGACCGCAGGCUUCCAGGCAAGGAUAGCAUGAGCUGUAGCACUUCGCUAGCCCCCGUCUUCCCCUAGACGUGGGUACAGCGGGGACAUCAGGCCUGGUCCACGCAGAGGAAAGCAAAGGAGACCGGAAGGGACAUCCUCAUCUCAUGCUGGCCUUGGGGGUGGAGCUGCUGCCUGCAUCCAGCUGUGGACCAUCCAGCUGUGGACCAUCAGCUCUUACCUACCAGGAAACCAGUGGGCCCUAGGCCAGCAGCUUGGGCUUCAUCUCCUCUUGUCUUUUCUGUGGCUUUCUAAAGCUGUGAAGGCCAGCGAAAGCACAUGCCUCUCAGGCUCCACUCGCCACCCCUCUCUUCUCCAUAGCCAGGUAUUUCUGCCAUGGCUCUGCGAGGCCUCUGAAGAUAGCUCUUAUACUCUCUUCCUUUCCCUCAAGCCUGGGACCUUCUCGCAUGCAGCCAUGAGAGCAGAGACGCCAGCUUUGAACACCUUCAGGAUGUUCUGAUGAGGCUGCCUGUGGAAGUCCAAAGGCAGCCGUCCAUCCAUCUAUGAAUGGAAGCAAGGUUUCAUGAGCCUUUAAGGGCUGUUCACCUCGGUCUGGUCUUCUCAACCUGGAUUCACCCACAGCAGCCCCUUGGCAACAUGGGAAGAAGUGUGGAAAGGAGGAGUUUGGUAUGGGAGAAGGAGAGCGCACAGAUGGAGGCUGCAGUCUCAGAUGCUAAAGUCCAGUGUCCCAAGGCAAGGGUGUUUAGGAAGUCUCCGAGAACGUGAGUGAGGUAGCAACCACGGCAAAUUCAUCUCCACUUCUGAACCAGAGAAGAGAAGACAUCCUCUCUCAUAAGGAGUGUCCAAAGACUCAAUUGACAUUGGAAAGUCAGCCGAAGAAAUACGGAUACUAUGAAAAUCCCAAAGGCCCUUGAUCAAGUGGACCGACUUUGUGGGUAAACAAACCAGCAUUCAGGACACUGGGUUUUCCACCAUCUACUCAUUGGCGAGUCCCUGUCCCUGCCCAUUUGAAUUUGACCUCCCUCUGUCAUCCCGAAAAGAGAAGAGCAGCCUCAAGUGACAUGCAAGUCAAGUCAAAAGAGGGGUUGGUGUUCCCCUGCACAGACAAACUUUGGGGUAGGUGGGAGGAGCCAGGGGGACCUGAAGAACCUUCUGGGCAUGCCCAAUCUAAAGAGCCCCCUGGAGAAAGAAAGCUUUCAGAGGACCCCAGGCUGGGGAGGGAGAAGCUGCCUCCUGGAAAAUUAACCAAAGACCCAACACAGAGAUGCAAGGCCAUCCUGGCCCCUGGUCUCUUUUCUGGAGCAGCUAUGGUCUUAGGGGAUUUGGGGCAGAAGAGAAGAAGCAGAGGUGAAGCCAGGGAGGGGACAGCCAAAGGGGUGAGUAGGUGACCUGUGGUUCCCACUCUGGAGGUUUGAAACUAUAAAAGUCUUAGGAAAGAUUCAGAUGUGAGGGGUUAGGCAAAAAGUGUCCUUACAGAGAGCAUGACAGGGCCAUCAGGGCCCCCACAGCUAAGGGUGGAAGUUGAUCUCUGAUGAGGGACCAGGGUGGGCAACAUGGCUGAGAACUGGGGGACUCUAGUCCCACACUCCCCCACUUUUCUGGUGCUGCCAGGCUUGGAUGAGCUACAUCUAGAUCUCAAGAGCCCUCUCAGCAGAGGUGAAGGAACCCUUCAGCCAAGCACCCUUCCACACUAGCAUGGGUGAUUAAUCCCAUCAUGCUGGUUCUCGGGAGCUCUGGCUGUUUGUCUGCACUGGAGGGAGGGAGGAGAGACUUGCAGCCAAGCCCAGUGCAUACAAAAAUAGGAAAAGCCAUGCUGGCAGGAGGGAGGAGCAUGCACAUAUCUGUGUGUUUGACUUUGUAUGUAUAAGUUUCGGGGGCUGAUGAUGAAGGACAGACAUGAUGGAUAUAUAACAUAGUCCAUAGCAGGCAAUAAUAGGGGCCUCCUUUGGGACGUGUGUGUGUGUGUGUGUGUGUGUGUGUGUGUGUGUGUGUGUUCAUGAGUGAAAUGGGGAAGAAGGUGCCCAAUCAGGACUAGCAAUGGAGCCUCAUCUUUGAAAAACCAGGAGAAGCCAUGUUGAGAUGGGGUUCUGAUGAAUAUAUGGAUGGAUGCAAGUGUGCAUGAAUUUGUGUGUGUGUGUGCACAUGUGCAGUCGUGUGUGCACACACACACACAUAUGCAUACAUCUGUGUACUGAAUGACAGGUUGGGGAGCAGGAUACAACCUGCAGGAUAGCCAAAAAAUGUAAAAGGAGAAGCCAUGUCAUCAGAGAUCCUUGUAUGAGUGUAUGUGCACACACACACACACACACACACACACACACACAGGUGUGCAGGCUUGUGUGUGUGCCCUAAAAACAGCAGGGGAGGUCAGAUGAGAUUGCUGUGCCCUGUGGGUGAAUGUGUGCUAUUCAGGAGUCGUGUGAAAAUGGUGUGUGUAUGUGUGUGCUGUGUGUGUGUGUGCGCGCUCAUACCCAA